GGACUGUGGUAGCCAGUAGCUGCUGUUUCUGUUGUUGGUCCUCCAGCGUAUCCCACAAUGCACCGGGCCGUUGCCGCUGUGUCCACGUCAAAGCUGAACACUCCGCUCCGAGCCGAUAAUGGCUGCAGUUGAGGUGGCACUUUCCGAGGGAUGUGGUCUUCAGAGGGGCUAAAAACUCACGGAAACACAGCUGACGAACUCCGCUGAUCACACGGAUUUUUAACAACAAACUUAGACCCACGUUUUAUCUUUUUAACGAGGAUGCUAGCUCGGUUAGCUUGCUAGUUUUGGCACAUUCCUUAUGGCAGCCGGGUCAGCUGUUAUUAGCCGCACCUAAAUGCGCUUUAAAAUCCACUUUUAUAACGGAUCAAAGCUGAGGAUCACAGCUUUACCUCUUUUGUUUAGGUUCUUACGUGUUUAUUGGAUUAAUGACAGCGCUAAUUCGCUCAUACAGUGAUCCAAAGCAAAGCUAGCCCCCCUGUCAAUUUUGAUCUCUUGCUUUGUUUAUUUUUCACCUAACUCAAAAUGUCAUCGUGGCUGGGUGGACUGGGCUCUGGCCUGGGUCAGUCUCUGGGACAGGUCGGGGGAAGCCUGUCCAAUUUCACCGGACAAAUAUCAAACUUCACCAAAGAUAUGCUGCUGGAAGGGGUGGAGGAAGUUGGAGAUGCUGCUACUGAGCUUCAGGUCUCUAAUUCCAGGUUGGCUGAAGUUGAGGGUGCAUUUGCUACACAGAAAUCUGAGUAUGAACGGUUGAAAAGGCUUCACGCUGAACUAGAAGAAAAACUGGAGGCAGCCGAGAUCCAGAUCAAAAGUCAAUCUGCCGAGUACAGGAUGCAUCUCCAACAGAAGGAUGUGGAGAUUAAUCACCUGAAAGCCCGUCAGAGUGGUCUCCAGGAGGAGGUACAGAAGCUCCAGCACUCAGCCCAGUCCUCCUCUCUGGGUCCAGCUGUACUCCCCGUCACCACUGCCUCCUCCACAACCACUUCCACAUCCGCCUCCUUUAUGCACCGCCCCUCUGCCACACAUCACGGUUUCCACGGAGACGACUUGGACCUGAGUGAUGUCCUGUGGUCUCAGCAGGAGAUAAACCGUCUCUCUGCUGAAGUGAUGCGACUUGAGGGUGAAGUCAGCCAUUGGAGGAGAAUGGCACAGUCGUCAUCUGCAGCUGGACCAGGAAAUGGUGACCAAACUGAGAUCCACAGGCUUCAAAGGACCAUAAAGGAGCUACGAGAGGAGAUGAGUCGUGAGGUGGACGAGCAUCAGCAUGAGCUGGCGGCGUUGCAGGACGCCCAGAGACAGAAACUGUCUGACAUCACACGCCGCCACAGAGAUGAGCUCGCGGAGUACGAGGAGAGGAUUGAAGAGCUGGAGGAACAGAUUCACAAUGCAGGCGGUCCAUCCAGUCCUUCAGCCGAUUCCUCUAAACUCCUGGAUCUUCAGAAAACCAUCACUUCUCUCCAGGACACAUCUGCACAGAGAGAGCUGGAGGUGUCAGAGCUCAGAGCCAGUUUAGAGGAGGCCCAGAAGAACCAGACCACUCUGCAGACGGAGAGGAAAGAACUACAAGAGGAAAACACAGGACUGUUACAAAACUACACCAGGCUCCAGGCGUCUGUGUCCGAGUUGCAGACGCGAGUGCAGGAGCAGGAGGGGAGGAGUCUGCAGAAAGCCCAACUUGAGCAAGAGAUACAGGGGCUGAGGAAGAACCUGGCAGAUGCUGAAGCAGAAAUUGAAAGACUGAAAGAGACAGCUGAGGAGAGACCCGCAGAAGAGGUGGAGCAUGCAGACAUCUUGGAGCUGAACACAAUUAUUGGUUCUUUGAGACAAGAAAAAGAACUCCUUGAACAAGAAAAGCUUGAGCUCCAGGACAGACUGAGAGAGGCUGAAGCAUCUGUGAGUGAGACCAGGGCAGAGCCGUGUGACUCUGAGGAGCUGGAGGACCUGAGAAGGGCUCUGCAACAACGAGACGAAGCCCUGAAGACCAAUGAAGAAGAGAGAGACUCACUGAUGUCUGAGCUCGAGGAACUGGACCGGCAAAACCAGGAAGCAACACAGCACAUGAUCUCAGUGAAGGAGCAGCUGUCUGCACAACUGAAGGAGGCUGAGGCCCAACUCUCUAAACUUACCGCUGAACUCAACACGACCAAAGAACAAAAACAAACUUUGGAACAAGAAUUGGACUCCCAAAAGGACAAAAUCAGCCAGAGCGCGUUUACCCUGAACGACCUGCACAUGGGGAAGCAACAACUGGAACAAACAGUGAAAGAAUUGAAGGAAAAACUCACAAGAUCACAGGAGCAGAGCAAAGAAGUUAAGAAAGAGCUUGUAGAGUUAAAAAAGAGUUUGCGGGAGAAGGAAGAGGAGUUGUCCAUUGCGAUAGCACAAUUGUAUGAAGCUAGCAACACAGGAGACAAGGACCAAAUGACCAAAGAAGUGAUUUCAAUGAAAGAUAAUGAGAUUGCAGAUUUAAGAAGUCAGUUGGAGGUGGUUAAAAGCACACAAGAAAAAGUGUUAGCUGAGAACUACGAGCUGAAGAUACAAAAUAGAAGAACUAAGGAAGAUUGUGACGAUAAAACAGCAAAAAUUGACGAGCUAAAUAAACAAAUGGUUGAAAGUCAGAAUAGUUUGAGCAGGACUAUACGAGAGAAAGAGACGCGCAUUGAAGCUUUGAAGCUAGAAAAAGGACAAUUGGAAAGCGAAUUACAGCAGGUUGAGAAGACAUUGGCAGAACAAGCAAAACAGUAUCAACAAACUCUAGACGAACUGACACGAGCACGGUCUAUGGACGCAACUGCUUUACAAACCGAACAUGAAAAAGCUAUCAAACUCAACCAAGAGAAAGAAAUGGAAAUCGGACAGCUUAAAAGAGACAUGGAGCAACUGGCGUCUGAUCAUAGGGACACCAAUGAGAUGCUGUCCAUGACUGUUGCCGGGCAGAAACAGCUAACUGAUUUGUUGCAAGAGAAAGACGUAUUUGUGGAUACUUUAAAACAAAAUGCAGCAGAAUUGCAGAAAGAACUGGAAUGUAAGAUUUUGGACAUAACUAAGGAAACUGAAAAUCUUAAGCAAGCUUUGGAGGAGAAGGAUAGACAGUUGGGAGGAAUGAAGGAAGAAAACAGCCAUUUGAAAGAAGAGAUUGAUAGACUGAGGGACCAACAGAGUCGACCGCAAACACAAGCCGAACCCAGGACUUUGGACAUAAUUACAGAAUUGGAAACAGAAAUAACGCAACUUAAAUCUUCUCGUAAUGUUGUGGAAGAAGAGGUGAACACGCUAAGGAAGACACUGGAGGAACAGCAAGCCUCACUUCUCCUAUCCCAGAAAUCCAUUCAAACUCAGCAAAGUGAGCUAGAGCAGGCUCACGCAAGACUACAACAGUCAACACUCAAUUAUGAUCGGUUGAUUCAAGCAAAAGAUGAAGAAAUAUUACGACUGAAAGAGAGUAUUGAAAGAUUAGGAGAGAGGGUUGUGUCUAUCUCUGGUGAAAUGAUAUUACAAGAAGACAAGACGCAAACACUAAACCAAGAAAAUGGCAACGAAAAGCAUGACCUGUCUAAAGUUGAGAUUGACAAAUUGGUCAAAGGUAUAAAAGAAAAAGAGACAGAAAUUAGCCAGUUGAAUGAGAAGAAUAUGUCCCUUACAAAGCAGUUGGAUCAGUUGGUUGUGUCUCGCGAUGAGGUCGGCAAACUAUCCCAAAUGAUUUUACAAAAAGAUUUGGAGAUUCAAGCUCUUCACGCAAGGGUGUCUAUGGGCGGAGGAGGACAUAACCAGGACAUCCUAUACUUGCAACAACAGAUCCAAGCCUACGCAGUGGAGAGGGAGCAAGUGUUAGCAGUUUUGAAUGAGAAAACCAGGGAAAAUAGUCAACUAAGGUCUGAAUAUCAUUGCCUUAUGGACAUUAUGGCAGGGAAGGAAGCUGCAUUGGUUAAACUGCAACAAGAAAACGUACGACUUUCAAAUAUGAGCGAUCCAACUGGAAGUCAAGAAAUGUUCAAAGAGACUAUUCAGAAUUUAUCCAGAAUUAUCAGGGAGAAAGAUAUCGAAAUUGAUGCCCUAACGCAAAAAUGCCAGACGCUCGUCACAGUCUUGCAAACUUCUGGAGGCGAGGCAGUUGGAGGAUCUGGUGGGGUCAGUAGUAACCAAUUUGAAGAGUUACUGCAAGAAAGAGAUACUUUAAAACAACAGGUUAAGAAGAUGGAGGAGUGGAAGAUGCAAGUGAUCACGACUGUUAAAAACAUGCAACAUGAAUCGGCACAACUUCAGGAAGAACUUCUUAAACUGCAAAACCAGAUUUCGGCCGAUAGUGAUUGUAGUUCGAAGUUGUCGGUUGAUUACGCACGGCUCAUUCAAAACUAUGAGCAAAAGGAAAGAAGAUUAGGAAGUUUGAGUCAAGAGUUAGCGCAAGUUCAACAGACGAUCACACAACUGAGCUCAACAAAAGACGUCCUGUUGGGGAAACUGGACAGUGUAGCGCCAUCUGCUGAACUUAGUCAAGCUAGUGCACAAGUGGAGACUAAAAUCCAGCAGCCUUCUUCAAUAGUUAAAGAUGAGACACAAGAGGUAGCAUUGUUGCGUAGCCAGCUAGCAGAGAAAGACAAUAUCAUAAGAACUUUGCAAGAGAACAACCACAGACUUGCAAAUUCUGCGUCUGCUUCGGAAAGUGAGCAAAGAAGUCACGUAGAAGAGGUGCGACAAGUUAAAGAUCGACUAGACGCAUUGCAAAGGACAGUCCGUGAGAAAGAUUUACUUAUAAAAACCAAAGGCGACCAAUUGAGUAAUGUUAGCGAGGCUUUGAGAAACAGAGAAAACGACAAUGAAGUUCUGAAGCAAGCCGUGACCAAUUUGAAAGAGCGUGCGCUGAUUUUGGAGAUGGAUGUGAAGAAGUUGAAGGAGGAGAACGAAGCAGUAGCAACCAAGUCGAGGGAAAAAGAGUCAGAGUUCAGGGCGUUACAGGAGACAAAUAUGCAAGUGUCACUUCUGCUCCGGGAGAAGGAGUUUGAACUGAGCGCCAUGAGUGAGAAGUCUGCAACCGUGGAGAGGAUGCUCAAGGAUAAAGAGCAGGGCAAGUCUGGUGAGUUGAACCAGCUCCUGAAUGAACUGAAGUCGAUGCAGGACAAAGCUGUGGCAUUUCAGCACGAGAGGGACCAAGUCAUGAUGGCUCUGAAACAGAAACAAAUGGAGACCACCGCUGUGCAGACCGAGCUUCAGCACGUGAGAGACAAAGAGCAGCGUCUGAACCUGGAGUUGGAGAGACUUCGUAAUCACCUUUUGGAGAUUGAGGAUUCGUACACGAGGGAGGCGCUGGCAGCGGAGGAUCGAGAGACGGAGCUGAGGAGGAGAGUGGUGCUGCUGGAAGAGAGGCUGGCCACAUCCUCCAGUGCAGUGGAGAACGCCAGUCAACAGGCCAGUAUGCAGGUGGAGUCGCUACAGGAGCAGCUCAGUGGAGUCGUGAAGCAAAGAGACGAAGCUUAUGCUCAACUCAGGACGUCCCAAGACCAAGUCCAACAGUAUGCAGUUUCACUCUCCAACCUGCAGAUGGUGCUAGAGCAAUUCCAACAAGAAGAGAAAGCCAUGUACUCGGCUGAACUGGAGAAGCACAAGAGAGAGAAGGAGGACUGGAGAAAGAAAGCAGAGAGACUAGAGGAGCAAGCGUCUGCCCUACAGCUGAAUCUUGAUGAAGCCAAUGCUGCUUUGGAGUCUGCGUCUCGUCUCACUGAUCAGCUCGACCUGAAGGAGGAGCAACUGGAGGAGAUGAAAAAACAAGUGGACAUCAGACAGGAGAUGUUGGAGGAAGCCCAAAGGAAACUAAUGAAUCUCCUGAACAGCACUGAAGGAAAAAUAGACAAAGUCCUGAUGAGGAACCUGUUCAUGGGAUACUUCCACACUCCUAAAUCCAAACGCGCCGAUGUCCUGAGGCUCAUGGGGAGCGUGCUUGGUCUGAACAGAGAAGAUGUAGAUAAGAUGUUGGAGGAAGAUGCCCGACAUGGAGUGACAGGCUGGGUGUCGAGUUGGUUAGGAGGAAGAGGAGCUCAGAGCGUCCCGAACACGCCUCAGAGACCCACCAGCGGACAGUCUCUCAACUCUUCCUUCUCUGAAAUGUUUGUGAAGUUUCUGGAGAUGGAGUCGACCCCAAGUCUCCCGGCUCCAAAACUCCUCGACAUCAAACCUCUGAAUGCUCCUCCACAGAGAAAAGGCAGUGGGGCCAUUACUUCAUCAACCACAGGAGCUGUUCCUGUUAAGCGUCCCGGUGAGUUGAACCCUUUCUUAGCCCCUCGCUCUACUGCUGUGCCACUGCUCGGGGCCCCGGGACCCUCAUCCUCCACGGGACACCUGCUCAUGAAGCCCAUCUCAGAUGCCCUGCCCACUUUCACACCUGUGCCAGUGUCUGGAGAGGCCAGUGGGGGCGCUGCUGUGCUCAAAGACUUACUCAAGCAGUGACCAGCGCCAAACCAAUGACAGGAUGAACUUGGCUGCAGCUGAAAUAAACAUCAUCUCUGCUGGGAAGAACUGAAACACUAUGUUGAGAAUUGCUCUCUAUGCAAUGAUAGAUUUCUCAUCUUUUAUAAGUGCAUUUAACAAAAGACUUUUGGGGAGGAUUGCAUUGUAGACCUCCAAUAACGAUUUGAAUAAUUAUCUUUAUCAUUAUACUUCUCAAAAAGAAACUUUCAUUUCAGCAGCAAACUAUUUCAGAUUGUGGCUUAAACCUGGCAGCAUCAUCUGCACUGGGAUUUAUGUGGUUCCUCUACAUCUGUUAAAACCAUACAGACAUUUUUGCUUUUCUGUCUUUUCCCUUUGGCCAGGCUGCCGUGUGCAAUAAGCAUUGCAAUUAUGGCUGCAUCUGCGGUGGAUCUGUUGAAGUACACAACUAUUAUAUAGUUUUAUAUAUAAAAUAUGAGGGGGGCUGUUCUAUUUAUCGGCACAGAGGAAGUAUUGGAAUAAAGUGCCUGCACUUUUGUUAGAUGUGUGUGUGAAUCAAGAUUGUAAAUGGUUAAUAUAAAACAUAUAUUUACAAAAUAUUAAAGUAUGUUUUACCUGAGAGCAGCUGUCAGUCUGUGUUUACUGAAGCUACAUUUUUGUAUAGACUUAAAUCUAGAAGAGGAAUGUUAAGAGUUUCUCAGAUGUGUCAAUGAAGUGUACAAAUGUAAAUUGGAGUCAGUGGGUUUUAUAGAUAAACAAAAAUCAGUAAAGAAUCAAAUUUGUAUAAGCUUUAAGGUAGUUGCCAUUGAUUUUUUGGGGGGAUUUUCAAAACAAAUAAAGGUACUACUG